AUCUCGAAGUACAAAUUACACAUACACUCGGCUGCGGCUAAAUUAUAUGCUUCGCGAACAUAUGAAAUAACAAGGAUUGUUUAUACAGAUUUUGAUAAAAUAAAAGAGAAUAUAUUAUCAAAUAUUUGUGUUUUAUUGUUUAUAAAUAAAAAAGUUAUAUUUUGAUUGGUUUGCUCAGUUUUUUUUUAUGGGUAGUGGAGUUUUUGUGGAUUAACAGUGAAGUGUUUAAUUCCAAAAUAGGAGCAAAUCAUCAAAUAGUGUGUGGGAUUAAUAUUAUUAUUAUUUACGACUCUUUUUUAUUAAUAAAAAGAUCGGUGAAGGUGUGUUUACGAAGAAUUCGGGUUUAACGAACGAAAUAAAAACCCAUAAUCGAAAUAAAACAUUUCGUUCGUUAAAAAUAGCAAUUAGCCGACAGCCGAAUCCAAGGUCGUCCAUCCAUUCAACAAAAUGGCGACGACCACAACAAAUACAACGACAAUAAAUACGACCUCCAACAGUUCAGAUGUCCUGAAAUUAAAGACAUUAACAGAAAAGUUACGUUUAGAAAUUAGUGAAUUACGUGCGGAACUGCAAGCGGAAAAAUGUGCUGUGCGUGAAUUAAAAGUACAAAAUGAUAAAAAUUUACGAAAACAUAAAAUCGAAUUACAAUCACGGGAACAAAGCUUUAAACGACAGUUAAGUGAGACAGCACAUAAUAAUCGGUCACGUAAUGACCAUACGACUGAUAGUGGGAAAAGACAAACGAAAAAUAUCGAUAAUACGAAUUGUAGCGGUAAUUCGAGUGAUUUUUGUGAAAACUGUCGUAAAUUAACGAAUGAAAAUAAAACGUUCAAACAAACGAAUAAGGAAUUAGAAGAACGUUUACAGAAUUUAUUAGAAGCAGAUCGACUGAAAGCAUCAGAUUUACGGGCACAGCAUGAAAAUCAUCUUAUCGAAUUACAACGAAUACAACGUUCAACGAGAAUUGAAACACAAAGACUGUUGGAGGAAUUAAAGACGAAGGACCAUUUAAUUGAUCAAUUGAAACGAAGACCACUACAACAAUCACAACAGAAUCGAAUACAACAUAAUGGUAAAAUUAAUGCAACUAAUAACAAAUCUACGCAAACGACUGAAUUGAUGCGAAAAUUAAUAAAUGGUCGUGAUCCAACGACUAUCGAUCAUAAUUUGGAUGAUACAACAAAAUUACAAUCAAAUCAAGUGGUCAUCGAAUCAAUAACCAAUCAAUGUUCAACCGAUAUUGAACAUAAUAAUAAUAAUAAAAUUGAUGUGCUUAUCAAACAAGCAUGUUGUUAUCAACCAACUAUGAUUACAACAAAUGCAAAUGAAUCAGAAUCAAUAAUAAAAAACACACAUGAUAUGCCAGCAGCAUUAAAGGAACGUUUAGCUGUUGGACAUUUAAUUGUUGACGAUAAGCAUGAACAACAACAAUUAUUUACAAUUAAUAACAAUCAAAAACAAUAUUUAAAAGAAGAUAAUAUUGUGAAUGAUACAACGCCACAAUCACAAAUCAAUAAACAUAGAAAAGAACUUUAUUAUCGACCUUUAGUGGAUAUAGAACGUGCUAUUGUUGAAGAAGACACCGAUUCAGCAGUAUCAUCAGCGCCAUCUUCAUUAUCACCACAACCAUAUCAUCAUGUUUCAUCCACAUCUAACUCACCAUUACAUCAUCAAUACAACAAUAACAACAAUCAAACAAUACAACAACAACAACAGCACCAACAACAAUCAACAAUAACAGCUGCAGAUCUCUGGUACAGACAUAAUAAUGGUAACAAUAAUGUUAUUGUUGAUCAACAAUCAAAUGAUAAUAGUAAGAAUGUAAUCGAUAAUACUACUGCAAUACAAGCAGUACAACAAUGUACGUUAGAGAAAGGUGAAUUACAAACAGAAUUAGCGAUUGCUAAAUGUCAAGUGCGUGAAUUAGAACGUGCUUUAUUGGUUACCAGAGAAAUUAAGAACAACAAUCAAAAUAAUAAUACAAACAAUUCAAAUUCAACAACAAACAACAAUGAUAACAAUACAAUAAAUUUAUUAAAAGAACGUAUUCGGUGCUUAGAAGCACAUGAACAACAAUUAUUACGUCAAUUACAACAAUUACGUGAACAAAAUGAAUUACAAGAAUUUAGAAUUUUAGAAUUAGAAGAAUGUCAUGAAAAGUGGUCAUUACGUAGUCAAUCAUCAUCAGAACUACGUGAUAUAGAAACAUCACGUGUUGUAACACCAAUAACAAACGAUACAAAUGAUUGCACAUUAAUAAAUGAUAAUGAUAAUAUGAAUGAACAUGAUUUAAUACGUGAACAUUUAUUGGUUAUGUUAAAUAAAACACAAGAUCCAGACGAUAGACAUUGUUUACAACAAGUUACAACAUUAUUAGAUAAUUUAGAGACAUUAUCACAAGAGCAUUCAAAUUGUUGUGGUGUGGAUGAUCAAGAUGAUGACGUUGAUGACCAUUUUAAUAUUCAUAUACAUCAUGAUGAUGCCAUUAUUAAUAAUUAUUAUUAUUCAGAUACAACACAAACAACACCGCUACAUCAUGCACCAACCAAACAAGAUCACGAUAAUAAUGAAUUUACAAAGCAUUUAAUAUUAAAAAAGAAACAAUUAUCACAAGCAAGUAGCCUGCAAGAGAGUGGCAUCUUUGAAGCGGACGAUGUGAUCAGUGUUCAAACCCAAACCGAUCUACAAGAUCUAACAGUUCCAAACAAAACCGAUAUACGUUUAAGUGAGUUAACAGCGGAAAUACAAAAAUUAAAUAAAAUCCGUGCUAGUAUUGAAGAAAAUGGUAAGAAAACGGUAAAUCAUCAAGCUCAUUCACUUCCAAUUCAUAAAGAAUUAGAAUUCUAUAAGAACCGUUUAGAAAUGUUAGAAAAUAAGAUCAAUAUUUACGAGUCAUCUGGUGAUAUGCAAAUGAAACGUUUAAAAGAACGUUUAAAUCAUGAAAUAGUUCUUACGACGCAGGUAACGGAUUUACAAACAAAAUUAAAUAAGUUGGAACAAGAGAAUCGACGUUUAGAAGAAGAGAAAUGUGAGUUUGAGGAAGCCGAAAAUGAUACACGAUUACAAUACCAACAAUUAGAAAUUGAGUUAAAAAUGACUCAAGAAUAUUUACAUGAUUUAGAAGAAGCACGAAAUGCUGUUAAAAGAAAAUUAAAGGAUGCAAAACAACAUACUCAAUAUUGGGAACAAAUGUUUACACGCUGUGAAGCUCGAAACUAUGAGCUAGAAGAAUAUCAACUCGAAUUACAAUGUAAACAUGAUUUUUUGGUACAAAUUUUACCCGUUUUAAUACUUUAUAGUUUAUGGUAUUAUCAUCAAAAUCAACGCUCCAUCGAAUGGGGAAAUAAAUCAUUAAACACAGCUAGUAAUAAUAAUAUAGUGACGUGUGGAAAUAAUAAGAAAAUAGUGGAAUUAAUGGAGAAUAAUAAGGAAUUGCGAAAACAAAUUGAUAUUUAUAAGCAACGCGAGGAUGCGUAUAUCGAAACGUUGCAACAAGCCGAUAAUAUAUGGGCGGAAAUGGAAACUGAAUAUAAGAGACGAAUUCAAGUGAUUGAAGAUCAUGAAAUCCAAUUAAAAACCCAAAUUAAACAACUUGAAGACAAUGAUUUAGUUCAACGAAAGAAUAUUCAAGAGUUUAAUGAACGUAUUUUAGAUUUAGAAGAUAUUGAACGUCGUCAAUACGAACAAAUAAAAUAUUUGGAAAAUGAAAAGAAAUUUUUAUUAAAAGAAAAUACUUGUAUUAAAGAUGAAUUAACAAAUGCGAAAAAUGAAUGGCAUCAUAUAAAAGAUAAUUUAGAAGGUGCAUGUCAUGUAGAAAUGGAACGUUUACGGAAAAAAAUCCGUUCGCUACAAGAUGAUUUAGAUAUUUCGACAAAAGUGAUCGAAGAUACAGAAGAAUCAUAUCAAAAAGAAAUAUCAAUCUUAAAAAUACAAUUACAAAAAUUAAACAAAGAAUUAUUACAUUUAGAUAUAACAAAUAGUGAGCUACGAGAAUUAAUAACACAGCUCGAGACACGUAUUAGUGAGUUACAAACGAAUUUAUUAGAACAACGUUUACAAUCGGAUCGUACUAUUAAAAAUUUAACAUCGGAAUUAAUGUCACAACGUGAAAAUACACAAUCGUUGUUUCGUAAACGGUCGUUUAAUUCGUUUGAUCAACAUUUGUCAUUGUUAACACAAUCAACAUCCACAUCAAAUUUAUUAAAUGCAUCGUCAACCGCGAGUCAGAAUAAUGUUUUAAGUUUACGCGAUGAAUUACAAAAAUCGGAUUCUAAUUUAAAUAACACAUUACAUUAAGUAUCUCUAAAGAGGAAUUGGAGGAUUUUAAACAUGAAAAAGGACCUUGAAUUAGUUAUAGAUGACGAAUUAUGUCAAUUAAAAUAUUUUCCUUGUGAUUCGCUAAUUGAUUGUCGUGAUUUUUUUAAUUAAAUUUGAACUAACAUAGGAAAAUUUUUUACAUCGCAUGAUAUUCAUCGUCAAAAAUAGAAAAAAUUAUAUCUGAAGGAAAUAUUCAAUAAAUAAAUGAUUUAAAUUGAUCUAAUUUUCAGUUUGGCUUCAGCGGUCAAACUGAAAUAGGAUGACUUAUUGGAGAUUACAUGAAAGCUAGAUAAGAAUAUAU